AUGAUUCCGGCACUUUGGUAUCUGUGCUGUUUGUGGAUUCUGCAUGGUGUGCACUUCGGUGUAGCCAGUGGAAACGAAUCCAUGGUCGACGGCGACACUGUUUGCCGAUCUGCCGGAGGAUCGAUUUGCCCACUUCGCCCACGGUCGCAGGGAGCAGACCUGCUCCAGCGCCGGGUAGAAGUUUCAGAAGCUUCAGUUGCAGCCAAAACUUCAAAGUUUCAGAAGUUUCAGAAGUCGCAGCUGGUUCGACUUUCUGACUCCACCAGCCUCUGCCAAGGGGAAUGUGUGAUUCCUGCAGGGGAGAGGUUGCUUUUGGACACCUCCUGGCAAGUGGAGACCCUGACCAUUUAUGGCACGCUGGAGUGGGAUCGGAGCAAAGACAACUUGGAGCUGCGUGCCAAUUACAUUUUGGUGGAGGAUGGUGGUCACUUUAUCCUGGGCACUGUAGAUUCUCCGAUGAAUUUGGCUGCUACUGUGUACAUCACUAAGGGGAUACAUAGUGACCCAGAGCUUGGACGACGAUUUCUUGGAGGUCGUGGUACUGGACAGAUUGACAUCCAUGGACGCAAAUUGCAGCGGACAUGGACGCUUCUCAGCAAGACGGUGAUGGCCGGAGAGACCACGCUUCAUUUGAAGCAUGAUCCCAUUGCCAUGGGCUGGCAGGUUGGUGACAGGAUUGGGCUAGCAACUACCAGCAGAGGUGACUCUACGGUGCACCGUAUUACUCAGAUCUCUGGUAAGCAGCUGACAGUUGCAGAACCUGCCAGAGAUGAACAUUGGGGAGGAUAUCGAGAAAUUGGCGAAUUCGGAGCUCAGCGUCGCUUCGAGUUGGCGGCAGAAGUGGUGAAUUUGGAGCGAUCGGUUCUCAUUACUGGAGACCAUCAGGACAUUCAAAGCACCGGUGAAGGAUUGCACACUAUACAGGCAAAUGGUCCCGGCUAUAUGGACAUGCGUUAUGCUCGAGUGGAGUUUUGUGGCCAACGUCCAGUGAUGGGACGCUACUGUCUCCACUUUCAUUUGUUGAAGAAAUGCCCUCGUUGUGUCUUCCAAGGCAAUGCUGUUGUGGAUGGAGAACAUAUUGGCAUUACAGUGCAUGGGACCCACGAUGCUGUGGUGGACCAAAAUGUGGUCUGGGAUGCCAAGGCCAACGGUUUGUACAUUGAAGACGGAAAUGAACUACGCAACACGCUGAACCAAAAUGUCAUGAUUUGUUCAAUCUUGAACAAAUGUAAAGUCAAUUGGGUGAGUGGUGCUGCUUCGCAAACUGCUGGGAUUUUCAUGAUCGGCAUGAGCAACAACAUUCUGGAAAACCGUAUCGUGGGGUAUGAGAACGGAAUUUGGACCCCGGGAUCCUUUCGUGGGUCUGGACAUGGCAAAGCUUUUGGCAAAGUCUGUCCGCAGUUCUAUCCUUUUGGUGAGUGGCGUGGCAACACUUGCCAUGAUUGCAACAGAUUUGGGUUGUACUUAGAUCAUCAAUACCCACGCAACGUCAAAGUCGAUGAAGAUGGUUUUCUUCUCGACAAAGACAGCUGCGAGUGGUUCACAGCAGAUGGUGCCGACAACGGUGUUGUGAACGAAGUUCGUGAUGAAGUCAACUGGCACAACACGUAUGUCGGCCAGUAUGCCAUUGGUGACAUCCAGUUCAUCAACUACACCAGCGUCAACAAUGGCCAUUCCAUGUACUGGAAGCAGGGGAAGGAUUUUGUGGAUGGCCGUCCUUGGCACAUGCUCGACUCUGUCUUUGCCAACGAUCCCAGUGACAGUUAUGGUGUUCUUCAAUUCCUGGGCCCCUCCGGCCCUUUUGCAUUCGGCAUGAAGAACUGUGUCUUUAUAGGCAGCAGCCCACCGGGGAUAGCAGCGCUUGCUGCCGGGCAGCACUGCGGUUUGCGAGGUGGUGCUGGGCCCUGCAACGUGCAAUACCUUCUUGAAAACGUUGACUUCUCCGGCAUGCGGGCCCAGCAACCACGCCUUGCCUUUGGAGCAAACUCAGGGGUCGGAGAAGCUGCAGUGCUCCCAGUGUUUGUCACGAAGGACAGCUCACUUGGCGGCUUCCGCAGCAUUGUCAGUUCACACCUCAACGGCUUUGCGGAAGCAGGAUGCGUUCCAAUUGACAGCGCUUGGGCAAAAGACGCUUUGGGUUGUGACGCGUCACUGCGCCGAUUGAACCUUUGGGGUGCAGAUGCAGGUGUAUUGAAGCUGAUGGGUCCGGGCUUCAAUGUGCAUCCAGACAUGAGCUUCCCUGCAGAGGGACGCAAUGCUGGUGAGGUCAAAUAUGACGGUCUUCGCAAGGGCUAUGGCUCACUGGUACUCGUAGGGCAAGACUAUGAGCUGACUGGAUCCUUCGGAGGCCCUGACAGGUCAUGGAUUGUGGAGUUCUCCGACCCAGUUCUGGGGGAUUACUUCGGCGCAGACGGUGUGAUAAAUUUGAGGGUCGGUGGUCAAACCUGUCAGCUCCGAGAAAGCGAUGAUCGGUCCUUCAUCUGCGAAAUGGGCGAAUUCGGAGGUCAGUGUGACUUCAAAGCAUUGUCCAGCCAUCAUGUCGUCACGGAUCAGCUCAGGUGUGCCCAGGGUAGGCCCUCCACCAGCCCGUCUCCCACAAGCUCAAGCGGAACUACGACCUCCACAACCUCCACAACCUCCACAACCUCCACAACCUCCACAACCUCCACAACAACCACAGCAACCACAGCCUCCACAGCCACCACAACCACAAGCUUGACAGGAGUCUCCACCGUUUCCACCACUUCAGCUGCAACUUCUACUAGAUCAGCCCCUGUGAUUUUUCCACCAAUCGAGGGAGGCUCAGCAAAUUGGGCUUUUCAUCUUGGAUUGAAUUGCUGGGAAGAACAUGGAGCAGUAUCUUUGCCAGAUGCCAAUCCGCUUCUUGGCACUUACACCGUGGAAGAGUGUCGACAACAGUGCGAAAUGAAUCCGGACUGCGAAGCUGCUGUGAUUGCCACGCAUGUGAGCACACCAACAUUUCCUUGCUUCCUCCGGACGAGUGUGGUGAUCGCUCAGUGCCGAAGCUAUGCGGACUUCGACGUUUGGGAAAUUCAAAGGACUCCAAGCACAACUUCCCUCUCGAGCUCCACCACGUCCACUUCAGUCACGAGCACAGGAGUCUCCACCGUUUCCACCACUUCAGCUGCAACUUCUACUAGAUCAGCCCCUGUGAUUUUUCCACCAAUCGAGGGAGGCUCAGCAAAUUGGGCUUUUCAUCUUGGAUUGAAUUGCUGGGAAGAACAUGGAGCAGUAUCUUUGCCAGAUGCCAAUCCGCUUCUUGGCACUUACACCGUGGAAGAGUGUCGACAACAGUGCGAAAUGAAUCCGGACUGCGAAGCUGCUGUGAUUGCCACGCAUGUGAGCACACCAACAUUUCCUUGCUUCCUCCGGACGAGUGUGGUGAUCGCUCAGUGCCGAAGCUAUGCGGACUUCGACGUUUGGGAAAUUCAAAGGACUCCAAGCACAACUUCCCUCUCGAGCUCCACCACGUCCACUUCAGUCACGAGCACAGGAGACUUUGUGCCCAUUGAUGGAGGUAUUGAUCGGGCUUGUCGAGGAGCUUCCUCGGGCGACAACAAUCCUAUCUACUACGUGAUCCAAAAUGGUAUUUCCGACUUGGACGGCUGCAAGGCCAUUUGCGUUAUUGAUGCCCUGUGCCAAGGCAUCGAAUACAGCACCGGGAGGUGUGAAUUGUGGGUCAGACCCGGUGGCAUCGAAGCAACGGCUGCAGUGCAGGGGUUCAUUUGCUUGCGGUACACAGGUGCACCAACCACCACUCCGUCCCCGUGGUCCUUUGUACCUGUGGAUGGCGGCGUGAAUCGUGUUUGUCGAGGGCGCUCACCAGACGACAACCUCCCCAGCCACUACACAGUUGCAGCGUCAAGUGGAAUGAGUUUGAAUCAAUGCAAAGCAGAAUGUGCAGCAUUGGCAGGAUGCCGUGGCAUUGAACACAACCAGGGUGGCCGCUGUGAACUUUGGGUGCACAGCAUUGGAGCAACCAGGUCCUUAAGUGGAUACAUUUGCCUGCGCUUUGAUGCCUAA